UUUAAAAGAGAAUUUGACAUCGACAUGAGUCUUCAUUGGACCUUGAUUGCCGGGUUUUUGUACGCAGAGAUUGCGUUUAUCGCUCUUCUUCUUCUGCCAUUUAUCUCUAAUAAAACAUGGCACAAGUUUCUAUCCUCAUCAUGUUUUUCCUGGACGCUCUGCGAGAGAUGCAGAAGUACAGCUCUGAUGAGACUAAAGAUGGACAGACGAAUAGCCAUCUGGAUGCGCAAAUGCAGACGCAUAUGCGUCUCUUCCGCGCACAACGGAACUUCUACAUCUCUGGAUUUGCUCUGUUCCUUUGCGUUGUUAUUAAAACCAUGGUUGGCCUAAUCUCUGCCAAUGCCACCCUCCAGGCUGAGAAAGAAGCUGCAAUGAAGCAAGCUGAAUCUGCCAGCCGUGCUGCUGAAUCCUUGAUGAAAGGGGGUGGAGAAGCUUCUGAGGAUUCGGCUGAGGGAAAGAAAUUGAAGGAACAUAUUGCCAAGCUGGAGAAAGAGUUGAGCGCUGCCAAUAAGAACGUUGAGUCAAUGAAAACCCAGUCCAAGAAUCUAACUGUAGAAUAUGACAGGUUGAUGGAGGAGAAGGACAAGCUGGAGAGGAAGGUCAACAUCAUGGGGGAGAAGAAGGAUGAUUAGAUCAAGAAGAUUGACAACAUUAAAGGGAUUGUUCACUUGGUUUCUUGAAAUUAUAAAGAUUUAUUUAAAAGGAAUAUUUCAUGAUUUCUACGACAUUAAGUUUGUUUAUUUCCGACAUCUUUAAAUGGUCAAAUUUGCUAAUAAAUGGAAAGUUAUGUUAAAUAGUGAACUAUCCCUUUAAAAGAAGACUAAAUUUACUAAGCUUGCUUCUCUUUCAACCCAGACCUUUUUUAAAUAUGAAUGAAAGUAUGAGAGGAAAGUUCUUUGCGGACAUUCUUUAAUUUUUUUUGGUUUGUUUCAAUAAACAUUAUUUAUUUUCAAAAUUUAUAAAAAUUUGUUUUAGAAAAUGUCAAGAGCUUUAAUUAAAUGUAGAUUCUAAAAUGUGUGCUGCUCUCAAAUUAGAUUCCACUCAUACUCAUGAGUUUACCAAAUUUUAUUUUGUUUUCCAGUAACCCUUUUCUAGUUGAUUGAUUGAUUGAUUAAAUGAUUUGUGAAUGUUAUUUUUGGCGGCUCUCUAGUACUCAUAAAUAUUAUUUUAAUCCCGAGCUUUAAAUUAGAAAAGAUAAAAAAUAAGAUUUCAAAUAGCAUUAGGGGUUUAUUUUGUUCAAUAUUUAUAUAAUUAUAUAUUGAUAUAAAAUCUUGGAUUUUUUGGGUUAAUACCCAAAUGAGAAAAGCUUGGAUGAAAUCAUGAAUAUAUACACACCCCUGAAAUUUGAAAUUCUUGAACUUUUAUGUGGUAUGAUUGUGCUCCACCCUACUAAAUUAUUUUAAAUAUUAACGGUUAAAUAACCCUAGAUUCAUCCUAUAAAUAAAAUAUUUUAGUUUUAAAAUUGUAUUUCCUCCUAAAAUUUAUAAAUUUAUAACACUUUUAACGCAAUUUAAAAUGUAAAAUCUGGACUUUUUAUUCUUGUUCUGUUAGUUCUAGGAUCCUAAAUUUUAAGUUUUUUUUCAGAAA